CCGCUUCCGACGAAUCGAAGCCAUACACCUCAAACGACACAACAACAAAAUAUUUCUCACUUGUAUCAGCGAAGCAUCUACAAAUAAUAUAGAGCGAUAAGCACCGACGACUUCGGUAUGGCGCGUCGCAGGGACGAGGCCCCGGAGGAGGAAGAUCAAGAGAUGGAGGAAGAAGUUGUGAGCCUUCAAUUUGACGAGCCUUUAUCAUGGCGCGCAGGAAGGCCAAUUGCGACUGGCGAGCUUUUACGACGCCUCGAGAAGCUUUCGAAGGAAUUGGUCGAUCUAGACCAAGAAACAAUUGAAAAGGAAUCGUUGACCCAUGUCGCGAAAGAGUUGGCUUCUCCCAAUCUGCUUGCUCAUAGGGAAGCGGGAGUAAAGGCCUAUGCCGCGGCAUGUUUAGUAGACAUACUAAAAUUAUGCGCUCCCGAGGCACCUUUUACUCCAAAGCAAUUGAAGGAAAUCUUCACUCUCUUUGUAAAGACGAUUCUCCCCGCACUUUGGGAUCCGAGUAACGCAUAUAAUACUCAACACAAAUACGUCUUAACAUCACUCGCCGAAGUCAAAAGUAUCCUUUUAAUUAACGAUGUCACGAAUGCGGAGGAACUUUUACUUCACCUAUUCUCGUCAUUUUUCGAUGGAAUCUCGCGUUCUUCGAAGGCGGCAUCGGGAGAGCAAGUGGCGAAGGAUGUGGAGUUCCAUAUGACGGAUAUUCUGGUCACGUUGGUCGAAGAAAGUCCCUCUCUUUCCCCGGCUGUGCUAGAUGUCAUAAUGGCUCAAUUCCUAAGAGCUGCCCCACCAGGAGGACACAAGGAAAAGGCAGACGCCAACGGAAAGCAGACGACGCUUUUGCCAAAGGAAGAGCCAGAGGCGUAUGUGAUGGCAAAGACUGUGUGCAAUUCGUGCCCCGAGAAAAUGGCACGUUACGUGGGCCAGUAUUUCAGUGAGGUGAUCAUGGAUGUCUCCGGAAACGCUGGACAUGGGAACGGCCAUAAGGAUGACGAUGGCUCAGACGAUGAUGAGGGUAAUGGGGGUCCUUCCGAGUCGGAUUUUAGGGAGUUGCGAAAAGCACACCAACUCUUACGCGAACUUUGGCGGGCAGCACCCACUGUCUUGCCAAAUGUGAUACCGCAAGUCGACGCCGAACUUUCCGCCGAUAACAUUCAAUUGCGUUUGUUGGCAACUGAGACAUUGGGGGAUAUGAUAUCUGGUGUUGGUGCUGCCGGACCACCUCCGCUCCCAGAACUCGACCCAGCGGCGUAUCCCCCCCUAAAGUUGAACGAUGAAAUUCCGGAUCAUCCAGCAACGAGCAUCCUCACUACGCCCAUUUCACCCUUAUCCUUCGCACAAACGCAUUCCCAAGCAUUCCACAAUUUUGUCAGCAGGAAAAACGAUAAGUCACUCCUUAUUCGGGCAGCAUGGACAACGGCAGCCGGUUACAUUGUCUCGACCUUUGCGGGUGGUAUUGGGCUUAGUCGGGAAGACGAGUCAUUAUUUGUGAAUGGUCUACGCGACAAAUUGAAUGACAAUGAUGAGAAAGUUAGAUUGGCUGCUGUGAAAGCUAUUGAAACUUUCAGCUUUCGUGAUAUUAUCACAAAAUUAGCCGCUAUUGGAGGUGCGAAUAAGGAAGGGUCGGUCUUGUUUACACUCGCCGAUCGUUGUCGAGAUAAAAGACCAUCCAUCCGCGUCGAGGCUAUGGCUCUUCUGGGGAAGCUUUGGGCUGUAGGCAGCGGUGAACUGGCUGCUGGGCAAGAAUCGGUAGUUUCGGCAUUAUCCGGCAUCCCGACUCGAAUCUUUAAUACGUUCUACGCAAACGAUCUAGAGCUCAACGUAUUGCUAGAGCGUGUGAUCUUCGAAUGCCUCGUCCCCCUUACCUUUCCUCCCCCACCCAAGACUAAGGGAUCCAAGCCCUCGAAUGGCAAUUCGCAAUCUCAGUCGGCCGUCGAUACAGGCUACGAUCAGGAUAGGAUCCGCGCUGAACGAAUCCUUCUGCUCGUUAAAGAUCUGGAUGCGACUGCAAAGAAGGCAUUUAAUGCAUUAUUGGCGCGACAGCCACAGUUUUCUAGAUUACUAGAAAACUUAGUACGCCAAUGUGACCUAUUCAACGGAGGUAACCCCGAGGGUAAUGCGGACACGAUCAACCAGAACUUGAAAAAGACGAUCCAAUACAUGUGCCAAUUCCUCCCCGACCAGAUCAAGGUUGAAGCAGAUCUACACAACUUUGCCAAUUGGCAUGAUCGCCGCUGCUAUCAACUUAUUAAGUUUGUCGUAUCUGCGGAGAGUGACUUUAAGACAAUGCACCGAGCUGUCAAAGAAUUUGUUAAAAGGGUCCAAGGGUCGCCUAAGCCUCACAUGUUGGAUACACUUUUACCUCUAAUAUACCGCUCGGCGUAUAUUAUUUUAAAUAAAAGUCACCUCUCGGCUUAUAUGGAUUGUUCAAAGAGCGACAAGGAUGGACUGGGACUUGCGGCCCAGGAGAUCACCACCGAGAUCUCCCAAACCAACCCCGAUCUAUUCAAAACUCACGUUGGGCAGCUUUGUAAAGAUUUGGUAGAUGGUGCGCCAAGUACUGACAAGGCGAACGAGGCUGUAAUGGUCGAAACUCUGAAGGCUUGUUCCUCAUAUUCCAAGAAGUACCCCAAGGAACUUCCGGAUGACAGGAAAUUUAUCCAAGCACUAAUGAGUUACGCCUUGUAUGGAAAACCAGCCAAAGCGGCCAAGUACGCGGUCAAUGUCAUAAUGGCUAGGAAAGAUGACAAGAGCUUGGUCUCGGCUACAGACCUGUUGCAGAGGACGAUGAAAAAUUGGAGUUACGAUUCCCCUCAUUUUCUCACCAAACUUGCCGCCGUUAGUCAACUAGAGCUUUUGACAUCUAAAGUGACAGCCGAUGCCAACGAUCAAAUUGUCGAUACGGCGUUGGAGGAUGUACUCCUUAAAGUCCGUACACCCGCCAAAGAGACGGAUCCUGAGUGGGUUGAUGAUUCUGAACUUGACGAGGAAUGUCAAAUCAAAUGCUGGGCUCUUAAGCUGGUGAUAAAUCGUCUUCGGGGCACUCAAGAUGUGGAAGAGGCAAAGGAAUUGGCGAAGCCAGUUUUCAAACUCCUACGAAGUCUCCUGAAGCACUCUGGCGAAAUAUGCAAGGUAGCGGAUACGCCGAAGCACCACCAAGCUCGCUUGCGAUUGCUCGCUGGACAGCUCUUCCUGAAGUUGUGUACUUCGAAACACUUUGAGGAGAUCUUCUCACAUGCCGACUUCAAUCAACUUGCCUUCCUAACACAAGAUCCGAGCGCCAUGGUUCGUCGGCUAUUUAUCGAGAAGCUUCAGAAAUAUCUGGUGCAAAAUAAGUUACGACCUAGAUUCUACACCAUGAUCUUCCUAACAGCAUUUGAACCUGACACCAAUCUCAAGAACCAGAUCGAAACAUGGAUACGGUCACGCGCUCGAUUCUACCGAGAUGCUAAGCACAGCGUUAUGGAAUCGACAAUGGGCAGAUUAAUUUCCUUAUUGGCGCACCACCCAGAUUAUGGGACCUCAGCGGAUGAUUUAAUUGACCAUGCAAGAUACCUCCUCUACUACGUUAGCAACGUCGCCACGGAGGCUAACUUUGGUAUGAUAUAUAAAUACGCCGAACGCGUAAAACAGACCAAGGAUGGUAUCAACCCUGAGGAGAGUGAAAGGCUCUACGUGGUUAGUGAUUUGGCCCAAAAUAUUCUCAGAAGGUGGCAAGAAAAGAAAAAUUGGAUCUUCCAGGCGUAUUCUGGCAAGGUUGGCUUACCUAUGGGCUUGUACACGGCACUUCCUAGUCAUGAUGUGGCGCAAGAAAUCGCAGAAAAGCAAUUUCUUCCAGAGGGACUUGAUGAGAAGCUUGAUGAGCUGUUGAGGUCGGUGGAUAAGAAAAAGAAGCGCCGGAAUGUAGAAGAACGAGGCGAAGGGCAACCUGCCUCGAAGAAAGUCAGAACGACUGUGCCCAAGCCCACCAAAGCGAAAGCAACGCCGAAGGCUGCAAAGACCUCAAAGAAGCCAGCAGUCAAAACUUCGAAGAUUUCGUCAAGAGCCAAGAAAGCUGCUACCUCAUCAUCACCUCCCGGAGACUCCGCAGAUCGCAGGCGUAGCGGUCGUUCUAAGAAGAACUCGUCCUACAUCGAGCGAGACUCUUCGGAGGAUGAUGAGGACAUGUUGGAAGGUGUAGCAGAGUGGGAUUACUACGAUAACAGGGGUAAUCGUAUGCAAGAGGACGACCCAGAGACAUCAGAUCUCUCCGAAGUUGAGGAACAACCUCCGUCUGCAAACGAGGAAGACGACGUUGAAGAGGACAAAGCGGAAGUUCCCGAAAAAGCAGCCGAGGAGAGUGAGCUUAGUGAUAUCGAGGAGAACGAGGAGAAUGAAGAAGAGGUUGCACCUCCAUCACCGGCACCGAAGUCGAACGGGCGAAGAACUCGUACAGCCAGUUCCCCACCUGCUGCUAAGACGAAAACCUUAGUCUCGAGACCUGCUGUUAAAGCCAGCGCCGCUAAAGGAAAGUCGUCCGCCGCUGCAGGCAAGGCAAAAGCAAGGCCUACUCCAAAACCGACAAGAGCUGCUAGUACCCGUUCUACUAGGUCUAGGCGAGCGGUAACCCAAGAUAAAGAGGAGGAGGAUGCAUGAAGCAGCGGGUCUAGAUUGGGCCAGGCUUGGGCAACUUAGCACGAUUUUGCGUUAGGUAUGAUGGCGUAAAGGAUGCCAGGUUAGGAU